CACGCAAAGGUCCGGCCGCCGCCAGGUCGGCAACUUUGGGGCGCUCCCAGCGGCGCUCGGCUUCCUCCUGGAGUAGUUGCACGCAGGCCCCGCCUCCCGGCUGUGUUGUCAAACGGGCCGGGGUCUCGGAUUGGUCCAACCGCCGGGACAACACCUGCUCGACUCCUUCAUUCAAGUGACACCAGAGCUUCCAGGGAUAUUUCAGGCACCAUCCUCGCCGUUGCCGGGCACUCGCCGCGCUGCUAACGGCCUGGUCACAUGCUCUCCGGAGAGCUACGGGAGGGCGCUGGGUAACCUCCACCCGAGCCGCGGCCGCCUGGAGGAGGGAAAGGCGAGCGAAGAGGAAGAGUGGGAGGAGGAGGAGGAGGGGACGCGGCGGAGGAGGAAGAGGUGGAGGAGGAGGGGCGCACAAAGAAUCCAGGUCUCCUGGCGGGAGGUUUGCACCAAGAAACAUGUGUGCCGAGAGGCUCGGCCAGUUCGUGACCCUGGCUUUGGUAUUGGCCACCUUAGAACCGGCACGGGGGACCGACGCCACCAACCCGCCCGAGGGUCCCCAAGACAGGGGAUCCCAGCAGAAAGGCCGCCUAUCCCUGCAGAACACAGCCGAGAUCCAGCACUGUUUGGUCAACGCUGGUGAGGUGGGCUGUGGCGUGUUUGAAUGUUUCGAAAACAACUCUUGUGAGAUCCGAGGCUUACAUGGGAUUUGCAUGACUUUUCUGCACAACGCUGGAAAAUUUGAUGCCCAGGGCAAGUCAUUCAUCAAGGAUGCCCUGAAGUGCAAGGCUCACGCGCUGCGUCACAGGUUCGGCUGCAUAAGCCGCAAGUGCCCGGCCAUUAAGGAGAUGGUGGUCCAGCUACAGCGGGAAUGUUACCUCAAACAUGAUCUGUGCUCAGCCGCCCAGGAGAACAUCCGGGUCAUCGUGGAGAUGAUCCACUUCAAGGACCUACUGCUGCAUGAGCCCUAUGUGGACCUGGUGAACCUGCUGCUGACCUGCGGGGAGGAGGUGAAGGAAGCGGUCACCCACAGCGUCCAGGCUCAGUGUGAGCAGAACUGGGGGAGCCUGUGCUCCAUUCUGAGCUUCUGCACCUCUGCCAUCCAGAGGCCCCCCACGGCACCGCCCCAGCAACUGCCCCAAGCAGACAGGACCAAGCUCCCUCGGGCACACUCUAGGGAAGCCGGGCCCCACCUCGUCGAGCCCAGCAGCAGUAAGGAGACCAGCAGGGGAGCCAAGGGCGAGCGAGGGAGCAGGAACCACGCAAACGCCCACGCCCAGAGCCAAGGCAGCAGCCUCGGGACCCAGGAACCUUCUGGAAGCAGUGAGUGGGAAGAUGAACAGUCUGAGUAUUCCGACAUCCGGAGGUGAAAUGACAUAGUGGCGAGCCAUGAGCUUUUUCUUUUUUUCUUUUUCUUUUUCUUUCUCUCUUUUUUUUUCCUCCAUGCCGUCCAUUAUCUACUCUAUGGACAUUCCAGAACAUUUACCAUUCAAGAAAGGGGGAUGCCACAUGCAGAAUUUUUGUGAGGGAUUGAGAACUUCGUGCAGGUGUACGCUGAUGGGAUGAACAGAUGAGGCAAAGAGGUGGCGGUGAUACCGGGCCCCCGGGCACUGUGCACACUCAAGAGGGUGCAAGUACCCUCCCCCAUAUCCCAUUCUCCCCCUCUUCUGUCUUCUUUCCUUCCGCAGAGCACUCCGUGGUGGGGCAGGUGAGGUGGGACUGGGCAAGGGGC